AUAUGAACCAGAAUCUGAAGGGAUAUUACCUACCACCACCCAUGCUUUCAAUAUUCAGGAUGCAGACAGUUAUUCAGAUGCAUCAGAGAAAGUAAAUAUUAUCCAGAGGCGUGGCAGGCGACACAAUUAUGAAACUUUUGCAAGGACCAGCUCGCUUCGUUUAGACCCAGAAUAUAUAGAAGCAAAGAGGAAAGAAGAAGAAAAAUUAAUCAGCGAUAUGUCAAGCAUGUCCACGCAUCAAAGAAUCAAAGCAAUCCAGAAGAUUCCCAAAUCCAUGAAAGAAAAACGUGAGAUUAGGAACCGUGUUCUAACAGAAAGAAAAAAGAAGACGUACAACCAGGGGGCUCAACUUAACUGUUGCGCCCAAUGCUUCUACAGCACAGCUUUGUUCUUCCGGCAGCUAAAGAACGGUUUGGUCGACUGCCUUCAGCUCUUCCAGUUUUGGCAGAAGGCACUCAAAGACAUUGGCAGCCAAUUCGGGACCAGCAUCCAUUCCUACUUUGUGUUCCUGACGUGGCUCCUCAUGUUCAACGUUUUCUCCUUCCUGGUCAACUUCAGUUUUCUCGCAAUUCCUCAACUCAUUGGGGCCCAACCGAAUCACCUUUCCUUCACCAGUCUGGAAUUUUUGACCGGAGCUGUACGGUUAUUUUACAACACAGUACUCUACAGCGGCUUCUACAACAGUACAAUAGCAAAAAUUGAGAAUGCCUCACCGUAUUACAUGCAACUGGCUUACAUUUUCACAAUUGGGAUUUAUUUUAUCAUCUGCUUUCUGAGCUUGAUCUACAGCAUGGCAAAAUCCUUCCGUAACCACAUCGUUAUGCCUCAGAUGCACGCGGGAAACGCUGCCAAGCUGCUUUGCAUCUGGGACUUCAAUGUGAUGGAUGAGAAAGCUGUGCAGAUGAAUCAGAAAAACAUCCGCACGCAGAUCAAGGAGACUCUUUCUGAAAUGCACAUUGAAUCUCUGAAGCUGACCCCACAACAAAGGAUUCAGCGCCUCUUGAUUCAUCUGGCCAUGUGGUUCCUCGCGUUGGGCUUCGCGGUGGCUUCCUGCGCUGGCAUUUACUUCUUUUCCCUCGUCAAUUUAGAGUUAUUUCUGAGUGAGGAAAAUACAAAGCUGCAGAAUGAAGCUACCAUGCUGAUCUUGCCCAUUGUGGUGAGCCUCCUUAACCACGUGGUGCCGUUCCUGUACUCCUUCUCCAGCUUAGUUGAAAAGUUCACCUAUCCCAGGCACCAGAUCUACACUGCUAUUAUCAGGAAUGUCCUCCUGAAAAUAUCGAUCAUUGGAAUCCUCUGCUACUACUGGCUCAACGAGGUAGCUCUAUCCAAAGUGGAGUGCUGGGAAACCUUCAUUGGUCAAGAUAUAUACCGUCUGCUUAUAGCAGACUUUGUCUGCUGCCUCCUCGUUCUAUUCUUUGGCGAAUUUCUACUACGAAUUAUUGGCACCAAAUGCUGUAAAAAACUUGGAGUGCCAGAAUUCGACAUCGCUCGGAAUGUUUUGGAUUUGAUCUACGCUCAGACUUUGACAUGGAUUGGAAUCUUCUUUGCCCCUCUGCUUCCUGCCAUCCAGAUGAUAACAUUUUUCAUAAUAAUUUGUGUGAAAAAGAUCAGCCUGCUGAAGAACUGCCAGCCUCCCCGCAAAGCUUGGCGAGGGUCCCAGAUGAACACAGUUUUUGUCUUCCUGCUCUUUUUCCCAUCGUUCACUGGAGUCCUCUCGGUCGUUGCCGUCACCGUCUGGAGACGGAAGCCUUCGGAAGCAUGUGGCCCUUUCCGAGGUCUAACAGCUCCCUUUGAAGCUAUCUCUGGCUGGAUCGCAGUCUUGACUUCUUUCCCGAGUUCAGGAUGGGUAGUGUGGAUCUAUCACAACUUAAUCGAGAGCACCCAUUUCUUCUUCAUCCUUUCAAUCAUUGUGCUGAUGCUCAUAUACUUUUUCUUGCAAAUCAUCAAUGGACGAAAAACAAUGGUUAAACUGCUGCAAGAGCAAAUUGCGAAUGCAGGCAAAGAUAAAAUUUUUCUACUGAAGAAAUUACAUGAGCUUCAAGCUUCUAAGUUUCCAAGGCAACCGGAGAGGGACUUGCCUCUGAGGCAGCUACCUAAGGAGGAAAGCUCUGUUUUGCUGCCCAGCCACGUGGAUCCCUUUCGAUGGACUGAAGAUGGAGAGUCUUCUACGGAGUCUGUUGGCCACCCUGCGAUGACCUCCUUUAAACCUGGGGCUGGUGAAAUAACCCAGAAUGCUGGCGCAUCUGAUGCUCUGGCUUUAGCUUUGAGAGCCAGGCAAGAGGCUGAAUGGGAAAUGGAAGAUGAAGAACGCUUGAAGUGGAAGUGAAGAAUGAAGUGAUACACAGAUCCCACCAAGCACUUUUUGUCUAGAACUUUGCUAUUUGCACAAAUAAGGUAUUUGUAGGAACCGACAGAACUCUUCUAAAAAUGAGAAAUUUUUAAUAAAAUUACUGGGCACUUUUACAUUUAAUGAGGUUUUACUUUAUUACGACUUCAGAAAAUGAAGGCACCGAACUAUUCCUUAUGAUAAGAAUCUCUCUCUUCAGACCUCACCAAAACUUAUUGUGCAUUUGAGGAAACAGGCUACAUUAAUUCAUUUUAUCAUGGAAAUCUGAUAGUAGGGUAAUAUAACCACCAGGAACAAUUCCUUAAACAUCAUUAUUUUCCCUCCACAUUUCUUUGUUUGUCAGGAUUUUUAUUUUACAGAAAUUAUACAGAGAUUUGUACAGUACAGAGAAUAAUAAAGGAAACGUUGAUUUAAAAAGAAAACAAGUAUAGCAGCAUGGUGAAAAAAGGCAGAAAGAAAUUUACAGCUCAUAUCAAUUUAAACAGUGAUUGGUGAAGCACGGGGGGAACUGAAUAUUGGAAUAAUGAUAACCACAAGUAUAUAUUUUGCUUGACUUAGCAGCUGCACUUUAAAUCAAUUGAUAAAUAACCUUUUAUUUGAGAUAAAAAUGAAUGGCAGUUGCUAAGUCCCCGUUUCUGCUUCACCCAAAUUAUCCAAGUGAGAGAUUGCUUAAGAAAUUUUGUAAGAAAUAUCAAGAAUUUUAUUUGUGCUUGACGGCAAAAGUUUAAGGCAGCAGUUUUUGCACUAGUGUAACAUUUUAGUAUCACAUUUUCAGAUGACACAUAACCAGAAUACGUGAGAUAAUUUAUCCCCCGUUUUCCUUUUUUUCCUAGUAGUGGUUUCCAUUACAGCAGUUAUCCAAAAUGUUGUUUUUAAAAAAACCUUUAUUGCUGUAAUAUUUUAACACGGUGAUGUUUUACGGGGUGACACUUUCAAUCCUGAUGGAAACAAUCCUUACAAAUAAUUGGCAUUCUUUUGAUUUGGGGCAAAUCUCAAUUCUGGAAAGACCUGACUGAAGAAAAACGCAGUCCAGAGAACUGUUUCAGGUUUCUGUGAACAGAUGCAAUGUAAACGUUUCUUUCAAGUUAGAAAUGCAAGCUUCAACAAAAGUGAACUUUUAAACCUGCAAUAAAUGCACCGCGCUUUUACCAUUCUAGCCCUGGUAGCUAUGAAAGGCUCCCACUGCCAACUUUCAUUAAAUGCCGGAUCACAUCAAAAUAUAUUGCACGUUGCCUUGCUACGUAUUGAUAAAAGAGGUUAACUGAGUUAUUGAAGCUGCACCUUGAAUUUACGGGCAGGA